AUGGCCGAAACGGAGAACCUGCGGACCGCUUCGGCGUACAUCAACAACCAGCUCCUGUCGCGAGGCCUGCUGCGAGAUGGGCAGACGAUCGACUUUGCCGGCCACGGAAAGUGCGACGACACUUCAGUGACUGCUGGCCGCAUCAUCAGCGUUGUCAAUGACUUAAUCUUGCGUCGCGACCGAGAUGCGGAUCACCGCGAGUCACUGUCCAUGACGAUGCGCUCGCUACGCGCCGAGAACAUUAAACACAUCAAUAAUAUUUCGAAACUCGAAGAAAAGACUGCCGAAGCGCAGCGCAAACUUGAGAUUGCUACAGCAGCCGAGAACGCCGCCAAAACACAGCUCAAGUCUGCCGAGUCUGCGAUGCGCGGGCUCAAGGAACAGCUAGCACGGACCAAAGCCCUCGUUGCGCAGACCCGGACGUCCUGUGCGACCGAAGUGCGCCGCCGAGACAGGCAAAUCGACACGCUGAAGAAGCAGCUCGGCGAAGCAGGACGAGCCCGCGGUGCGCGCGUGAACCCCGCGAUUACGACCAUUACAAUCACGGGCAACGUCGACAAGGAGGCCUCCUCGCCGACAAAGACUGGUGGUAUGAUGGCAGACGAGUACAGCCUACGAGGCGAAUCAACAGUGUCGCUGGCCAAGUUGUCGCAGAAUUUGAGCGAGGAAAAUGAGGCUGUCUUGGCACUGAUGUCACAGACAAUGGCCCAACUGCGAGAGAUGAGCGGAUUGGAAGAAGAAAAAGUAGAAGAUACACAAAGAAACCAACAGCAGAGCUUGGUGGACAUGUCUACAGAACUCGAUUCUGUUAUGGAACAUAUGAGCCACAUCUUGAACAAUCCAUCUUUUGUUCCAAUCGAAGAAGUUGUUGUACGCGAAGAGGAGAUCAACCGUCUCAAGGAAGGCUGGGUGAAGAUGGAGACCCGGUGGAAGGAUGCUAUGCUUCUUAUCGACGGGUGGAGAAAGCGAAUGGCCGCUGGAGGAAGCCCCAUUCGCGAGGACGAGCUGAAGCUUGGAUUCCGCUUAGGAUCAAUGAGAUUGACGGGCACAACAAGCGGUAUUGGCGACUCUAGCCUGGCGCCACUCCCAGAGGAAGAUGUUGAUGAAGAAGAGCAAGCGCAUUACGGUGAAGAAGAUAUCUACGGCCGUAGUGAGAGCGAGUCUGAAAACUGUGACGACGACCGAGCGCCAUACGAUCUGGAAGAAGAAGAAGCGUGCGAUGGGGCGAUGACAGACGGCGAGGCGGUCGAGGGCGCUCAAAGCGAUAAAGCUGAAAUGAAACCACCACAGCAUCUACAAGGAGAACCCGACAGAGAAACGGCAGAAGAGGUACCCGAAAUUUCUGAGCAGCAACUUGAAGCUGGAGAUACUGUGGCCGAUGAGUUGUCUCGAGAAUCAACUCCGCUACCAGAGCCACCACAACUAAGCCCUCUGAGAAAAUCGUCCUCGGCAGGUAAUCGAGGAUCUCAACCAGCGCCGCCCGCGGCAACAACUAGGAGAAAGCAGCCCCAGGCUACUUCCAGCAGCUCACUUCCAGCCCCCACCCAAAGACAGCGCCUGGCGUCUGGUGCACUCCAUGUGCAAAAGCGAGGCCUCGAGCAGCCUGGCCGCCGGCCCACGCGGCCCGCGGGUAAAGUUUUCGAAGCUAAAACCAACAUUCGACCACCAACAAGAAUUACUUCGUUAGAAGAAGCGCUACUGUCAAAGCCAGCUCAGGCAGUGGAGCCCGAGGCAGAGCAACGUAUCGAGAAGCAACCGGCAGCGAAUGCAGAAAUGAAGGUGCAAACAAAGCAAGACCUGAGGAAAGAGGUUCAGCCGGAUGCAAGUCUGCGCCAGACGACAGCUCCAACGACCCAGCGCACUACGGGUCGACCUACACCACACAAACCUUUCCCUAAGCCAUCGGAGCCAAUCCCGCAGCAGAGCCCGCUGACAAUGUCCAAUAUCGUUGCCAAGCUUGCCGCGUCAGAGGCUGAUGCGGAUCGUGUGCGUGCAAAGCUGCUAGCUUCGAAGACUAGGUCCGCCACCUUGAGGCCCUCCGAGAGCUUGAAAGACUCGGAUGGUGUAGCACAUGGGAAUGAGCAAGGCUCUGGAGCUGCGAGCCAAACACAUGGGCGCGAAGUUGCCGAUGACCUUGAACAGCGAACGGAUGACGUGGAAAAUGUCGACCCGGCCAAUGUCAACGCGGAACGCACGGCACAUGAGCACGAUGACGGGCACCUCAAGGUGCAGAAGCGCAAGCGAGACAUUCGCAUAUCGAGCAAUAAAACAUCGAGACGGCGCAGCACACUGAGUCCGAUGGAGUUGGAAACUCUUAUUAAAGGAGCCGGACAAUAG